GCCAGCGACAGCAGUGAGUAAGUAGGCUGCUAGCAGACACAAACCAACAGACGACUUCUCCGUUCUGUUGAGGCUAGCAAGCCAACCAGAAGGACUUGCGAGAAGCAGCAUCGAAGAUGCAGCAUAGUCGGCGCGACAAGAAUGAUGUAUUCGUUGGUAACAUUCCUUUCGGGACUACUGAAGAGCAACUACAUGAGAUCUUUUCGGAAGCUGGCGGCAUUGUGAGCAUCCGUCUGGUAUCGGACUUCGAGACGGGCAAGCCGAAAGGUUUCGCGUUCGUGGAGUACGAAGAUGCCGCUACGGCCCUCAGCGCCAUCAGAAACCUCAAUGGCUACGAUUGCAACGGCAGGCUGCUUCGAGUGAACUUCUCGAACAACAGCUCGUUGGGUGCUGAGCAACAGCGCGGGGAAAAGGCGCCUCAGCAGGAGAGGACGGUGAAAGGAGUGGUGAUGCAGAUGGGGAUUUACGAGGUUUGGGACAUCGUGUCCAACAUGAAGCAGCUUGUGGAGAAGGAGCCCGAUAAGGCGAAACAGAUGUUUGUCAGCCACCCUCAGGUCGCCGAAGCAUUACUCCACAUGCAAGUGCGAUUAGGAAUGUUCAAGGCCGAGGAUGUGCCGUCGUUGUUUGUUAAAGCCGAGGAGGAUGUCACCAAGAAAAAGCCGGGGGCUAUCAUGCUUGGGACCGGUGCGAUCCUGCCUCAACUCGUUCCUCCUCCUGGGCAGUUUCAGCAGCCACCAACUAAUCCAACUUUGGGGUGGGGUCAGGCAGCGCAACACCCAAUCCAGACGCAGCAGGUCAUGACCCUCCGGCCACCACCACCACCACCACCGCAGCAACUACAGCAGCAGCCGCACCAGCAGCAGCAACAACAACAACAGAUGCCAAUGCUACAGCCGCCGCAAUCACAGGGCGGCUGGGGCACGGCCGUCAACCCAAAAGCAGAGAUCAAGCCGCGGGACCCGCGGGGAGGACGGUACAACAGAUAGGAACAUAGCUUGUUUCCGGUGUAUCGCCAGCGGCACGUUCGUACGUUCAUCACAUGUGGUGAUCGUGAAAGAUUAUCUCUGCUUCCCAGCGUUUGCGGCUUCUGUCGCCCGUUCGUUGUAUCCAGAAGCUUCACAGAGUUAACGCCCGCAGCGAAGAAAAUGAAUCGAGAAACCUACGGGCGAAAGUAUUGUAAAAAAAGAAAAGACUGAGAGUUGUUGAGAAGUAUCCGAGUCAGCUGUGGGUCCUGAGUGCGUUCUACAAUACUUGUACUCGUAGUCUGUACUGGUAGCGACGAGAGAUCAAACUGAUACUCAAAUUUGAUGUUUCGGAUCUGUCAACGCACUAGCUACGCCGUCACAUGUUUUAUCGCUGACGCGUCCAGUGCUUCAUGCGGCCGUUGUUUUGGGAUUGGGCACGUCAUCCUAACCAAGGUGCACUUCAAUUGCCUUGCUUUAGACCCUGGCAGUGUACUUCCUCUGCGAGGAAACCAACAGAGAACACAGGUUCAGGUUCAGUCAGUUGUGGGGUCCAAAUGCUCUUUUAAACUGCUGUAUAGAGUAAAAUGGGUAUUAAGGGACACCUAAGCCGCUUCCACGCCAAC